GCGCCCCUCGCCACCCUCCCACCCACCUCACACGCCGAUCAGUACCUUUGUCGCUGGCGCCGCGUACUGUGUGUGUCACCUGGCUAUUAGCUUGUCUUGUCGAUCUCCGGCCGCCCCUCACACUCACAGGCCGUGAACCUUUUGCCGCUUGCCCGCGCGCGCAUGGCGCUGGAGGCCGUCGUGUUCGCGCAAGGCCACUUCGGCUACGGCCAGGCUCCGGGGCUCGCGCCCUGGUGCGACAUGGUAGGCGCCGGCGGGUUCUUGGAGGACUGGGAUCAGCAGCUUUUGGCCGCCCCCGUGCCGCCCAAUGCGGAGGAUCAGUGGGAGCCGGUCUCCAGCUGGGACCAGUCUGAGGCGUCCUCGGAGGGCAAGGCGGCGGCGCCUGAGCCGACCAUGGCAGCGGCGGCGACUGGGAGGAGGAAGCGGAGGCGCACCAAGAUCGUCAAGAACAAGGAGGAGGUGGAGAGCCAGCGGAGGACCCACAUUGCCGUCGAGCGCAACCGCCGCCGCCAGAUGAACGAGUACCUCGCCGCGCUCCGCUCACUCAUGCCACAAUCCUACGCUCAAAGGGGCGACCAAGCAUCCAUCGUUGGAGGGGCAAUCAACUACGUGAAGGAGCUGGAGCAGCUCCUCCAAUCGCUCGAAGUCCAAAAAAGCGUCAAGAACCGCAUCGGCCGAUCCCCUUUCGCCAGCUCCUUCACUUUCCCACAGUACUCUACCUCGUGUAACACCACGCAGGCCACCGCAAGCGACGGCGGCUCCGGUGCCGAUUCGAGCGGCGUCAAGAGCGAGGCCGGCGUGGCCGACAUCGAGGUGACCAUGGUGGAAGGCCACGCGAGCCUCAAGGUGCUCUCCCGGCGGCGGCCGAAGCAGCUCCUGAGGCUUGUCGCCGGGCUGCAGCAGCUGCGCAUCCCGCCGCUCCAUCUCAACGUGACCACCGUCGACGCCAUGGUCUUGUAUUCCUUCAGCCUAAAGGUGGAGGAUGGCUCCAAGCUGAGCUCUGUGGAAGAUAUUGCGGCCGCUGUGCAUGAGAUCCUGGCCAGGAUACAGCGGGAGGAGGAGGAGGCCGGUCGACUCAGCAGCUCGAGCUGAUGCUGAUGGCUGAUCGAUGCCACGGAGGAGACCGUCGUCGUGCAAGCCUGUGAUGCUGCACUGCUCCCUGCAUCUGUGCAUGUCGUGUACCUGCCGCGUCCUGGAAAAUGGAAUCCAUUCUACUCUACCUUUGUACGUGAAACUGUGAAUGUGACGACUGUACCCUGCAUGCAACCCUUGCCCAGUCCAGAGCAAUGGCUUAAAAACAAAUACUAGGACAAGAUAACUAGCUCUACAUCAAAACUGGCGCCCUGCAUGUUUGGCUCUGAACUGAACACAUCCUUUUUGGAGUCGUACAUACGUACGUGUGCAUGCAUUCACGGAUUUACUUUACAUGCAUGCACACAGACACACAGUUGCUGUGUGUCUUGAAUCCAUUCACUGAUUCACAUGCUUCUGUUUCACCAUGAGGCAGGCCGUGUGGUACAUCUGUGUCGAGAGAUUUGUUUGGGGAUGAACAGAGCUAGCCAGCAGGCAGCAGAAUGAUUGCCCGA